CACAAUCCAUUUAACAACCAAAACUAUUUGCAUUCCAUGAGUCGCGUGAUUGCUGGGUUACUGUAUCAGAAUUCUUACAACGCCAGGCCAACACUUGCAAUGGAAAAAACGCAACUUUUAUCACAUAUUAAAACGAACAAACUAGUCCACUCCGUAUCUUAUUGGCCGCAUGUCGCCGCAGCUUUGCGCGGAUAAACAGUGCUGCGCGCCGCGGAGCAACAAAAAGGAAACCCAAGGACAAAAAGACUUCCAACCAACGAUUUAAAAGGAAAUAUUCUUCCAGCCGUGCAUCCAGCAUUUCAUCUAAAAGACUUUAGCGAUCUGAACCACACGAGCGGAGCACCACCGUCUCCGUGAAGCUGCGUAAACACCCCGCAGUGGUUUUUUUGUUUUGUUUUCCGCACAGACGCAGACGACUCCCUCCUGCUCAGCAGCGGCCUCCAUUUUAGCUCCUUGCCCGGUCGGUGCCUCACGUGUCCUGGACUGUCUUUCUCACAUGACCCGUGUGUUUGUCCCCGUGAUCAGCGCUUCCAUCUCCGUAAAUCAGUGUCGUUGAAUAGCAGCGUUUUAUACCCGCAAAAGCUUCAUGGAUAUGCUGGAGCAGAGUCUGGACAGCUCGGCGAGUCACGACAAACAGGAAACGGAAGAGGUGGUGCAGUUACAGGAAGGUCUGCCUUGGUGCACAGUCACAGAUUUGAAACAUGUUGACCUGUGUGUUGCAGGAGAGACGGUGGGGACGGAGGAGCAGACUGCAGUGACCAUCACCGGCGUCCCGCAGGCUGCGUUCGCUGACAAUGUGCAGUACCAGUUCCGCACAGAGAACAGUGGAGGACAGGUGACGUACCGUGUGGUUCAGGUGACAGACGAUCACUUAGAAGCAACAGCUGAUGGGACUGGAGCUGUCAGCGUCGUCUCCGCUGCGGCAUUUGCAGGAGCAUCUCAGGCUGUGGCACAGGCUGUUAUCCAGAACCCGUUCAGUAACGGGGGCAGCCCUGGCGGGGAGACUGUGGGAGGAGAGACACGUUUCGCUUAUUUCCCUGCCGCCACCGUCAGCGAUGGAACAGCAGUGUCCGUGCAGGCCACCGCCGACCCAACGAUAGCACAGGCAGGAGGCCAGUUUUACGUGAUGAUGAGCCCCCCCGAGGUGCUACAGACGGCAGCUCCUCGUACCAUCGCACCGCGCACACACACCUACACUGCAGACCUUGGUGAAAGCGAGAUGUUGCAGCAUGGCAGUUCAGACUGGAAGGUGGACGGUCCACGGGCGCCCAGAGAUGAGCGGCGGAGAGCACAGCACAAUGAAGUGGAAAGAAGAAGAAGAGACAAGAUUAACAACUGGAUUGUAACACUUUCAAAAAUCAUCCCUGACUGUAGCAUAGACAGCAGAACUGGAGCGAGUAAAGGCGGCAUCCUGUCCAAAGCUUGUGACUACAUCCGAGAGCUGCGUCAGAGUAACCAGCGACUGCAGGACAGUUACAAAGAGGUGGAGCGAGUGGAGAUGGACAACGAGCUGCUGAGACAACAGAUUGAAGAACUGAAGAAUGAUAAUGCACUGCUUCGGGCACAGCUACAGCAGCACGGCGUAGAAGUCAAUGGAGAUGCAACACCACAGUGAUUGUGGACUGGACACAUGAAACAUCACAAACACAACGUCGCAUCCACCCACCCACCCGAACAAUACCAUGAAAGGAAUAACAAUGAGAGACAAUUUCCAUCCGAAACUGGACCACACAAACACACACACACACAGGGCUCGAGAAAAAACACUGAAGGACUACAAAGGCCUCCUCCACCUCCAGCUGUUUAAGGCUGAAUGCUCUAAAAUCCGUUAACUGUGUAGCUAACCGAACUUCUCACCUAUGCUUCAAGGAGUACGACCUCAGCACAGCACCACCAAGCUUGCACCAAACUUUCUUUUUACUUUAAAUUAUGAACCUGUCACAGAAAAAUUUACUUUUAAUAAUUCCACCUACUUUU